UCUUCGCGAGGCAGAAGGAUACUGCGAGCUGAUUGGCUGCCUGCAGCUGACUUAUGGCUCAUCCAGCACACCGAACUGAGCGCAGCUCUCAGUUAGCGCCUCUCCCCUUGAUAACCCGCGCUAUUGCGGUCCGCUCCUCAUCAAAACACACACACUCUCACUACCAACACACACACACGCCCUCAUGAGCGCUCCAGACCGGCCGCUACAGCCAGCUGACUUCACCUGAAAGCUCAGAGCGGAGCGAAGCCACCAAACAAUGCGAGUUUACUGCAUUAUGCGCUGCCGCAGGUUGUUGUUGCUUUUGCGCUUUUUUCGGAGGUAACCUCGGAGGUGUCCGCUCUGCAUGCCAUCAUCAUGGACUGCCUGUUUCUACUGAUAUGGACUUUACCCGUCCCGCCGGUCGGCUGCAGCAGAGUCAAGUUUCUCUCCACCUUCUUGACUUGGAGCAUCGUUAAGACUCUGCACAUUUAUUGCACACACGCCUCCCACUCUGCUACGGCCAGCUACUCUUCCAGCCAUAGCCACGGAUUAAAUUAUGACUACGUGUUUGUAACACCAGUGGAGGUGGACUCUGAUGGCACAUAUCUGACGCACGAUGUCACCAGGAGAGGCCGUCGCAGCAGGAGGUCCCUGUCUCUUUCCUUGCACUAUCGGCUGUCUGCCUUUGGGCAGGACAUGUACCUGGACCUGCUUCCGUCCUCUGUGGUCGGUCCGGGGUUCACCGUGCAGACGGUCAGAUCGGACGGCAUCUCCACGGUGAUAGGCGAUGAGGGGCUCCACCACUGUUUGUAUCAGGGAUUUAUUCGCAACGUGUCAGCCUCCUUGGCCGCCAUAUCAACAUGUUCCGGACUGGCAGGCCUGAUCCGGGUCUCUAACGAGGAGUACUUGAUCGCUCCGCUACCUCAACAUCUGGCCGACCGGCACAACUACAGCGCCCCCUAUGGUCAUCACCCGCAUGUGGUCUACAAGCGCUCCGCAGAGCACGUUGUUCACCGAAGAUCGAGCAGCGAUGAGAACCCCUACCGCUCCCAUCAUCAGCACCAAGCGCAGACACACCACGACUACCAACACGGAAAACUGCAGCGGCAACACUUCUGCGGGCGCCGCAAGCAAUAUGCUCCCCAGCCUCCCGUUGGGGACCUCUUCAUCUUGCCGGAUGAGUUUGCUGCGCCCGAGGUGGAGGAGCCCAGGCGGGCGAGGAGAUCGCCCAUCAACUCCAACAGGAUGGGAGGUCUGAAUGUGGAGACCCUGGUGGUGGCAGACAGGAAGAUGCUGGAGAAACACGGCAGGGAGAACGUCACCACCUACGUCCUCACCGUCAUGAAUAUGGUUUCCAGUCUUUUUAAAGAUGGCACCAUAGGAUCUGACAUCAACAUCGUGGUGGUCAGCUUGCUCCUGCUGGAACACGACGCCCUGGGCUUGAACAUAAAUCACCAUGCCGACCAGUCCCUCAACAGUUUCUGUCAGUGGCAGUCGGGUCUGGUAGGGAAAGGAGGUAAACGGCACGACCAUGCUGUUCUUCUCACCGGACUUGACAUUUGCUCCUGGAAGAACGAGCCCUGUGACACCUUGGGUUUCGCCCCUAUCAGCGGCAUGUGCAGUAAGUACAGGAGCUGCACCAUCAACGAGGAUACAGGGCUGGGCCUGGCUUUCACUAUCGCUCACGAGUCUGGACACAAUUUUGGGAUGAUCCAUGACGGGGAAGGGAACCCUUGUCGUAAGACAGAGGGCAACAUCAUGUCUCCCACUUUGGCUGGGAAUAACGGGGUCUUCUCCUGGUCCACCUGCAGUCGGCAGUACCUGAGCCGCUUCCUUGGAACAGCCCAGGCAUCUUGCCUCGGAGACGAACCCAAGCAGAUCGGUCAGUACAAGUAUCCUGAGCAGCUUCCCGGCCAGCUGUAUGACGCAGACACACAGUGCAAGUGGCAGUUCGGAUCCCAGGCCAAGCUAUGCGGCCUCGAUUUCGUCAAGGACAUCUGCAAGUCUCUUUGGUGUCACAGAGUGGGACAUCGGUGUGAGACCAAGUUCAUGCCGGCUGCAGAGGGAACCACCUGUGGUCCGGACAUGUGGUGUCGGAGGGGUCAGUGUGUGAAAUACGGCGAGCAUGGCCCCAGGUCCGUCCACGGCCAGUGGUCAGCCUGGUCCCAGUGGUCGGACUGCUCCAGAACCUGCGGGGGAGGCGUCAUGUUCAGGGAGCGAUCCUGCACCAACCCCAGGCCCCAGAACAAUGGUAAAUUCUGCCCAGGCUCGACUCGUCUCAACCAGCUGUGUAACACCAGACCCUGCCCUUCCAAUGCCUUGGACUUCCGGGCCCAGCAGUGCGCCGAGUACAACAGCAAACCCUUCAGGGGCUGGUACUACAAGUGGAAACCUUACACCAAAGUGGACGAAGAGGACAUCUGUAAACUGUACUGCAUUGCAGAAGACUUUGACUUUUUCUUUGCCAUGUCCAGCAAGGUGAAAGAUGGCACUUCCUGCUCUGACCAUAGAGAAGGUGUCUGCAUUGACGGAGUGUGUGAGGCUGUGGGUUGUGACCGUCUCCUGGGCUCCAAGGCCUCCCUGGAUGCCUGUGGGGUCUGUAAAGGCGACAACUCCACUUGCAAGUUUUUUAAGGGCCAGUACACCCUGCAGCACCGGGCAAACGAGUAUUACUCUAUGGUGACAGUGCCGGCUGGAGCUAGGGGCAUUCACAUUCAGGAGAUGGAGGUGUCCACCAGCUACCUGGCUGUACGUUCCCUCAAGAAAAAGUACUACCUGACUGGGGAUUGGACCGUGGACUGGCCAGGGAGGUUUUACUUUGGUGGGACUGUGUUCGACUACCAGCGCUCUUUCAACAAACCGGAGAGCCUGUACGCCAUCGGUCCCACUAACGAGACUCUGGUGUUUGAAAUCCUUCUUCAGGGAAAGAACCCAGGGGUGGUUUGGGAGUACACUCUGCCCCGCACUGAGAGGAAACCUGAGUACAGCUGGGGUGUGGUUCGCUCGGACUGCUCUGCUCCGUGUGCUGGAGGUCGCAUCUCCAGCAAGGCCAUCUGCCUGCAGGACCACCGCACCCAGGCCAACUCCAGCAUGUGUAACCCCCACACCAGGCCCGCUCUAGGUUCCCAUCUCUGCAACACGCAGCCCUGUCCAGCCUACUGGGCCCCGGGGGGCUGGGGGCCCUGCAGCCGCUCCUGUGGGGGGGGCCAGCAGACCAGGGCGCUGCGCUGCAUGAGGAAGGUGACCUACCAGCGGGACGAGGCGGCGGCGCACUCCCUCUGUCCCGUCAUCUCUCCGGCCCAAAUCCAGCCGUGCCACAUCCAGGCCUGCCCGCCGGAGUGGAGCUCAGGGUCCUGGUCCCAGUGCUCCAAAUCGUGCGGCCGCGGCCUGAGGAAGCGGACCGUGUUCUGCCGCAGCACGGAUCCCGGCGCCCACGCGGUGGUGGUGCCCGACAGCAUGUGCAGGCAGCACCACAGGCCAAAAGCUCAGGAGACGUGCGUCCUGAGGCGCUGCCCCAGGAACGACAGGCUGCAGUGGAUCCCGACGCCCUGGGGAGAGUGCUCCAGGUCCUGUGGCUCAGGCGUCCAGAGAAGAGAGCUUCGCUGUGGGGAGAGAGACUCACAGGGAGGGUAUGUGGAGUAUCCCGUGCGGCGGUGCAGAAAUACGGCCAAACCUUCACUGGAUCUCCAGCAGGUCUGCAGUGCAGCGCCGUGCCCAGAGCGACCCCGGGUGGUCCCUGGCAGAACAGCGGCCGGCGCCUCCGUGUCAGGCUGGUUCCCGUCUCCCUGGCAGCAGUGCUCUGUGUCCUGCGGAGGAGGGGUUCAGACUCGAACCGUACAGUGUCUCCAGCAAGGUCGCCCCCAGGCCGGCUGCCCGGCCCACCAGAGGCCUGUCACUUCCAGGGCGUGCAACACAAACUUUUGCCCCGCGGCUCCCCCAGGACCGGCACCUCGCCUCGGUAACCGGGUCCCGGCCGCUGGACCCGGUCUGAAAGAUGAGCACUGCGUCGAUCACUUCAACUGGUGCCACUUGGUCCCGCAGCACGGCGUCUGUAGCCACAGGUUCUACGGACAGCAGUGCUGCAAGUCCUGCUCCAGCAAGAAGCCGUAGAUCCGUCUGCGCUCUUGGUUUUGUGCCGUCGCCUUCGCUCGCUACACACACAGAAACUCUGCCCCAAAGUCGUGUGUUUUCCUCCUGGAGUUCUUGACUGACGCAAAGCGGUGGAGAAGCACAAGAGACGUUGCACCGACUCAAGUCACGGUCCCCGUUACAGAGGGGAAAGCAGCUGCUGGCGCUCCUCUGCCAAAGCAAUGACUUCAUAUGUAUGUACAUAUAUGUACCUGGUCACAAAUCUUCUAGCUUUUGAGAUCUCUGAAAAUAGAGAGCCAUCGAAGGAGUAGAGCUUUCUCACAUGUUGUAUAUUUAAAGGCAAAUGGUGACAUGUGUCUUUUUUUUUUAAGUUAUUAUGUUAUAUCAUUUUCUAUUUUGUCCAUCCAUGCAGCGUGUCCAGCUGUACGGCAGGCCUGUGCUAGUCGUCAGGUUUUACUAAUCGGAGAUCAUCAGUUCUCCUUCACACAUCAUCUGCAUCUGGAUCACAACAGGACGUUUUUUUUUUUUUUCCACCUUUGUGUCAAUGCAAUGAAAACCUGACUCUUCUGCUCACCUAAACAUUUCCUUCAGCUGUGCUGCAACGGUCACCUUUUUCCUUCCCCGCAUAUAUCUGUGGUUUAAAAAAAAAAACACCAAACAACUUGGACAUCUACGCGCCGUUUCUUUUUCCUUCCCGGCGUUCUAUCGAUUGCCGGCAGAAUGAGGUGCAUAAUGAGCGAGGCGAUCUGCAGGCCUCAGGGAGGGGAGAGAGGAGGAGGAGGGUGAAGAGCGAGAGAAGAGGAUGAUUGCCUGACGAGCGUGGGUGCAGUCUAGAUAGCAAGUGCUUGUUAAGAGAGGGGGAAAAAAAACAAUGUAGGUGUGUUCUCCAACAGGAGUCUGGUCAAAAUGUUGAGAUGACGCACGUUCAGUUCGAUGGCCGGAAAACAUGAAAGGCGACGAUCUGAAUGCUUCUCUUUACUCCUGGACGGAGACAUACCUCCCGUUAACCGCUCGCAAAAACAAACGGACACGAGGUUUAGAACAGAGUAUCCGCCUCAUGGUGAAUAAUGAGCGUCUCUUCCGCCAAUAACGGCGCCUGCCAGCCGUUUGCCUGAAUGGAUUUCAGCAUGACACUGACAAAAACUGAGUCUUACUGUUGAGACGCCACUGGAGGAAGUUAAACUUUUUGUUUUAAAAACAGAGAAACCAAUUAGGUUUUUU